AUGGGUCUCGGCUCCUCACCCAUCACCUUCGUCGUUGCAGGCGCCCUACUCUCCUACAUUCUCUUCACCCGCCUCCAGCUAUACCUCGCACGUCGAAGCUUCAUCAGGCAAAAUGGCUGCGAACCGUGCCCGAAACGCUACAACAAAGAACCCCUUCUAGGCUGGGAUGUCGUCAAGGAGAAUAUCGCCAACAAGAAUGAGCGCAAGAUGCUCGAGCGCAACCAGAAACGCUUUCAUGACAUGGGCGUCAACACGUUCCUGAACAAGAUGCUAUACAUGCCUAUGAUCAUCACCUGCGAACCUGAAAACAUCAAGACUAUCCUAAGUCUCAAGUUCAAGGACUACAGCUUCGGUAACCGCAAGCAUGCCUUUGGGCCGCUACUCGGCGACGGCAUAUUCAACAGCGAUGGUGAGAAGUGGCACAACAGCAGGCAUCUCCUCAGGCCCAACUUUGCGCGCGACCAGAUUGCAGAUUUGGAAGCCUUCGACCGCCACUUCAAGCUCAUGCUCAAGCACAUUCCCAGGGACGGUUCCACUGUCGAUUUGCAGAAUCUGUUUUUCAAGUUGACCAUCGACUCGGCAACCGAAUUCCUCUUCAACCACUCCACUAACUCGCUGCGCAUGAGCGAGGACGACACCAACAAUGAGGACGCCAUCUUUGCCCGCGCCUUCCAAUUCGCUCAGGAUGACAUCAUCACUCGCCUUCGAUGGAAUGUCUUCAACUUCCUUCGCAAAAACAAGGAGGGCGAAGAUGCGCUCAAGAUCUGCCACGCUUAUGUAGACAAGUUUGUUGAACAGGCCAUACGGGAACACCAAGCCGAGAAACUUGCCGGCAAACCUGACGACGACCGAUAUGUCUUCAUCAAGGAGCUGGUCAAGCAAACAAAUGACAAGGAGCGCAUUCGCAACGAGUUGAUGAACAUCCUUCUUGCAGGCCGCGACACAACUGCCAGUCUGCUCAGCAACAUGUUCUUCCAGAUCGCUCUGCGUCCUGACAUCUGGGCGAAGUUGAGGGAAGAGGUAGCAUCUUUGGAAGGCAGGCUCCCUACCUACGAGGAGUUGAGGAACUUGAAGUACCUCAAAUGGUGUUUGAACGAAUCACUCCGUACCCACCCCGUCGUCCCUGGUAACUCCCGCUUUGCUAUCAAAGAUACCGUUCUUCCUCUUGGUGGCGGCGCCGACGGCAAAGCACCUCUCUUCGUCAACAAAGGCACCAUCGUCGCGUACUCUCCAUACGCCAUGCACCGUCGUACCGAUUUCUACGGUCCCGACGCAGAGGAGUACAAGCCUGAGCGCUGGGAGUCCCUGCGCCCUGGCUGGGAAUACUUGCCCUUCAAUGGCGGCCCACGGAUCUGCCUUGGCCAGCAAUAUGCGCUCACUGAGGCGAGCUUUGUCACAGUCAGGCUGCUACAGGAGUUCAGCAAGAUCGAGAGCAGGGAUCCGAAUGGCGGUCUUUGGGAGGAAGGUCUGACGCUGACGGUAUGUUCUGGAAACGGUGUGCAGGUCGGAUUGACGCCUGCGUGA